AUGUCGACCUACAACGCAUUUUUCUAUGGAACGUUGAUGCAUCCACGAAUUCUUAAACAGAUCAUAAUGAACGACGGCUCGCACCUCAAAUGCUGCCCAGCGGUCUUGUUGGGAUACACUAGACAUAAAGUCAAGGAUCAAGAUUACCCUGGGAUUUUACCUUCUUCAGAGUCGGAAGCUCUUGUCGGGAGGGAAUUAAGUCCUUCAGAGAGGACAGUGAGGGGGACCUUUGUCACAGGCCUCACCGCGGCGGACAUGAUCUUACUCGAUGGAUUUGAGGACGACGAGUACCGCAAAGCUACGGUCGAUAUUCAUCCGCUCACACCCUUAAUCGCCGUGAAUGACCACCCAGGAGAGGACCAGGAACUCGUCCUUCUCCAUGCGAGUCCAUUGCCAACCGCAGAAUGUUUGCCGUGCUCACUGAAAGCGGAGACAUACGUGUAUUCUGUACCAACCGGCUUAGAACCAGAUCUGUGGUCUUUCGAUGAUUUCGUGAAAAACAACGCUAGAAAGUGGUUCGAUUAUCAGCCACAGUAG